AUGAAGAGAAAAGGCCUAGCCACAUUGAUGCCGCUGCGAACUCCAGAGCACAAUGAACAAUGGUGGAACAAUGAUAAUGAACAUCAACGCCCAGAAGAACACAAACAAUCCGAGCAACAAGAUAAACUACCCAACAACGACAAAGACGAAGAAAUCUCCGAUCAAGAAGAAGAAGAAGAAGUUUCUGAUAAACAUAUUCCUCCGCCGACGCCAAAGAGCCCUUGUUGGCGGCCUCUGGCCUGGAGAAUGGGGUUUCCUCGGAUACUAUCCAUCGAAGAAAUCGAGAACAUGACGAAUGGAUAUGGCGAUGAGAUCACGGCCGUGUGCCCCACUCGCGAGAAACAUAGAGUUUAUGAAGGGAUUUUUCUGGGAACGCCUGUUAUGGUGAAAUGUUUCCCCAAGGACAACGAUGAGUUCUGGUCGGUGUUGGAGAUCAUUUCCCACGUGCGACAUCAUAGUAUUCUCGGCCUCAUCGGACACUGCUGCACCGAUGAAUCUAUGUUCUUAGUCUACGACUUUCCUUGCAGCUACACUCUUGAAAUGAACCUGCUAGAUGAUGAGUGCAGUAAGAGAAUUCCAUGGAAAAUGAGGUGGAAUGUGGCGCUAGAAAUAGGCGCCGGCCUUCGCUAUCUUCAAGAGGAAUGCGAGAAUGGGCCUGUUGUAGACAUCUCCAUUGCUUCCUCUGAAGUUGCAAUCUUUCAUGGUUCUUCUGCAAUGCUAUGCAUAGUGAAUAGAGCAAGGUUGCUGAAGGGUGGCACCGCAAAUCAGAAUGAAGAUUUGUCAGCUAAAUGCGGUGAAGAUCAUAGAGAACAGAGCAAACACAUUUUGGCUGAUAUUCGUGGUUAUGGGAGGUUCCUCAUAGAGCUCAUAACAGGAAAGACAGAGAAGUAUCUCCAGGAGGAAGAUGAUGAUGGCCACCAUUCAUCUUUUGAUUGGCCAUUCCCCGAGCUUGGACAGGAUAUAGCUUAG